UCUGAGGAGGGGGUGGUGGGCUGGGCGUGAGGAGCUCUUGUAAGUAAUAAUUAAUUAAAAGAAGGAUGUAAAUUCACCGAAAACACCUUAAUCCAGCGACCCUGGCCUCCGGAACUCGCACGCUGCACUUGAUGCUGGGAGAUGAUGAUGCAGAUGGUGAUGGAGCUUCCAUGCACACCCCGCUGACACACAGCUGCUGCUGCUGCUGGUAGAGGAGGAUUAUCCGGGAGGCUUGAGGAAGGAAGACAGGGAGGAGAAGUGGGAGGCAACAACGAGCAUCACCCGGAGAGAACGACCGCUCCAGGGGCAGGCUGCUGGCACAGGAGAAACUCUGUGGACAAUAGAACUGAAAACAGUAUUUGGAAAUCCUAUUAUGCGCGUUUUGGCCGCGUAGACACGCACUGUAAACGGAUAGCGGCCUAGAGGGACAAUCGCAUGUGGAUCAAACUGAACUGAGAGGGCAGCCGGUUCCAUUUGUUAUGCAACCACACCGAUCCCCCUUAAAGCAACCUGCUGGUUCUGUUCUGGUACUGGGUUUGUGUGCUGUUGUCCAGGGCAGCUGGGUUCACCGAGGCCGCUCUUGAAUUUCCCCGAGCGCCUGUGCGCGCGUGUGUAUAUGUGUGUUGUUUUUGAAGGGGGCAGCUAGGACCACAUUGGACGCUUGGCCGUGAGUUGGAAUAACUGAAUUGAAGAUGUCGGGGCAAACGCUGACGGACCGCAUCGCUGCAGCUCAGUACACCCUGACUGGGUCCGAGGUGUCCCGGGCGGUGUGUAAAGCCACCACACACGAACAGACAGCCCCAAAGAAAAAACACCUGGAAUACUUGAUCCAGGCCACCCAGGACACCAAUGUGAAUGUCCCCCAGAUGGCCGACACGCUAAUGGAGAGGGUCGGCAAUGCCAGCUGGGUGGUGGUUUUCAAAGCUUUGAUCACCACACACCACCUCAUGGUGCACGGCAACGAGAGAUUCCUCCAGUUCCUGGCAUCAAGGAACACCUUGUUCAAUCUCAGCAACUUCCUGGACAAAACCGGCUCCCACGGCUAUGACAUGUCCACAUUUAUCAGACGCUACAGCCGCUAUCUCAACGAGAAGGCCUUCGCCUACAGACAGAUGUCCUUUGACUUUGGCCGAGUCAAGAAAGGGGCUGAAGGGGCGAUGAGGACCAUGUCAGUGGAGAAGCUGCUGAAAGGAAUGCCGACCCUGCAGAGCCAAAUUGACGCUCUGCUGGAUUUUGAUGUGCACCCUCAGGAUCUGAACAAUGGAGUGAUAAAUGCCUGCUUUCUCCUGCUCUUCAAAGAUCUGAUCAAGCUGUACGCUUGCUACAACGAUGGCAUCAUCAACCUGUUAGAAAAGUUUUUCCAGAUGAAAAGGAGCCAGUGUAAAGAUGGGCUUGAGAUCUACAAGAGGUUCCUGACGCGGAUGACUCGAGUUUCUGAAUUCUUUAAAAUUGCGGAGCAAGUGGGAAUAGACAAAAAUGACAUUCCUGAGCUCACUCAGGCACCAGAAAGUCUUCUGGAGUCUCUGGAGACGCAUCUUAACACUCUGGAGGGGAAGAAGCCAGAAGACAAGUCACCCACCAAGCAAGAGACCACGGCCAACAACAGCUCUGUGGCUGCUGCAGCUGCUGCUGCUGCACCACCAGCCAAGCCUGCACCUCCACCUGGCGGACCACCAGCUCGCCCCAUGCCUCCAGCAAAACCCCCUCCACCCUCUGUCACUCCAACAGCACCAGCCCCAGCUCCUGCUGCCACUGCUACUAGCAAUGCUCUCGACGAUGGGUUCCUGUUGGAUCUUGACCCAAUGUUGUCGUCUUCGGGUCGAGGGGCUGCAGCAGCUUCGUCCACCACUGGAUGGGGAGAUCUUUUAGCAGAGGCUCCAGCCGCUGCAGACGGAGCCUCUGAGUCUGUCCGAGCUGUUGGGGGGUCAGCUGCUGUUCCUGCUGCUGCUGCUGCAGCCACAGCCGCCCCUGCACCUGCGGCUGCUGCUGCUGCUCCCACCACUGCUGCAGCUGCACCGGUGCCCACAUCGCUGCCUGUCUCUGCUCCUGUCACCACCACAGCCACAGACAUCGACCUUUUCGGAGAUGCGUUUGCACCUUCCCCAGGAGAUGGUCCUGCUGCUGUGGCCACAGGUCCUGCUGCUGAUGCAUUUGUUGGAUCUGACCCCUUCGCUACGACAGAGGGAAGUGCAGACAUUGCUCCAGAGCUGGACCUGUUCGCUAUGAGGCCUGCCAACACGGAGGCCAAUGCCACCAUCACCCCUCCCACCUCUAGCGAGGCGCCAACCAUCAUCGCUCCCAUCGCUGCCCCCGCUGCCCCUGCCCCUCCCUCCACCAUCGACACCACCACCACAGAGUCUGCAGCCGCUCCGACUCUAGAUAUCUUUGGUGAUAUGUUUGAUUCUAUGCCUGAGCAAAGCCCUACCACAGAAUCCAAAGCUGCUACCACUCCUAGCGUAGACCUUUUUGGUGCAGACCUUCCUGCCGUUUCACGCGGGCCCUCUCCGUUGCCCGAGCUGACUCCGGCUGGAGACAUUGUGACGGAUACAUUUUCAUCUCCAGUCCCCACCACUACCCCUGCUCCUGCUGCUGCACCAGAAGCUUCGUCUCCACCAAAGGCAGAGCCAGAGAUCGACCUGCUGGCCUCCUUCAGCGGCCCUGUGGAGGUGACACAGAGCUCUGCUCCUGGAGGGCCAGGAGGCGACCUGCUGGGAGGCCUGAUAUCCCCCACCCUUGCCCCCACCGCUGCCCCAGCCCUGGCCCCAGCCCUGGCUCCAGCCCUGGCUCCGGCUCCAGUGCAGAACAACCUAUUGGAGACGGGUUUUGAUUCUCUGGGGUCUCUGUCAUCCCCGACACCACCAGUACCUGCUGCAAGAACAUCAGCAGAACUUGUAUCCAGCACACCAGUGCCCUCUGGUGGCUUUGAUGCUUCAAUGUUGGGUGGACUAGGUGACUUGUUGAUGCCUGCUGUAACGCCUCAGAGCACCGGUGGCAGUACAUCCGGGAGCACAGGAGGGAGCAUGGGAACGCCCAUCGCAGCUGGCGGGACAUCAGCCAUUCCCCCCGCCACCCCACCCCCAACUAAAACCAUUGGAGGAGAUCUGGACUCAUCUCUAGCCAACCUAGUUGGAGACCUUGGGAUGAAAAAAAAGGACCCAAUGAGUGAGAAGAGGCUGACAGGAGGAGCUAACUGGACCCCACAGGUUGCUCCCACAAGCUGGGGCACUCCUGGAGCCCCCAUGGCUGCCACUGCUCCAGGAGCUCCAGGAUCAGCUCCACCUGCUGCAGCUAUGGUACCAGCGCAGCCUGGCUUCGGCAUGUCCCCUGCAGGAGGACCUGGGGCCCCAAUGAUCCCCCCUAUGAUGGGGCAGCCUUUGAUGAGCCAGUCCAUGAUAAGACCUCCAUUUACAGGCGUGACUGGAGCUGCACCUGGAGCACCGAUUUCUGCAGGAUCUGCAGGCCAGAGCCCCAAGAAGCCCAAGGACCCUCUGGCAGACCUAAACCUCAAAGACUUCUUAUAAUGGCCCAGCUGCUUACCUCUCUGGAACAGUGCCCACUCCAACUCCUGCCUGGUGUCUGUGAACAUCUCAGAAUACCAGCGAUGUCCAGCUGAUCUGCUCUCUGCCACCGCCGCCCCCUCUACUUCCUUUGUGAUGUUGUAGCACAAACUGUGAAAGUGAAUCGUAGUGGAUUAUCUACAAAUAUAUGAGGAAAAACAAGUCCAUGCCUGUGCUUAUGUGGCCGUACUAAUCUUUUUGUCUUAACAAAAUCUCAGAAAACUCAACAAAAAACAGAAGUCCAGAAAUGUACGAAUCGGAAAGUGGAGGACUAAGUGUUUAGACUGGUUUUUAGAGAUGAUUGAUUGAUGUUCUUUGGUGUCUUACGCUCCACCCCUUCCCCAUCAUUGUCUCCACCUCCUUUUGAUAGGGGAGGGGUUCCUGUUGUCCUUUUUUUGAUCAGCUGAGAGUGGUAAACAAAUCCCCAGUAGAUAAUGCUUUGGUGGGGGAGAACUGCACGGUGUUUACAGAAAGAUCCUCUUUAUUGUAAAUAGAUUUCUCUGGCGAGGAUUACGUCUUUGCUCUGUACGUCUGUUGAACUGUUGAAACUGUAAGAAGAUGUGUGAGUAUCUUUCUGUUUGCCGUCAUCUCUUUAAAGUAUCUGAGAUCAUAAGGAUUAAAAAUGUGUAUAUGUAGAAACAACCCCUGUGGGCUUCUCUGAGCCAUAAAAGACCAACAAGUGAUCCUUCCUGUCAUUUUUUUUAUUGUGUGUUAUUUUUCUGUUAUUGUUUUGGUUCUGUGAAAUGUAAACCAUCAUCCAGACUGCUGUGGAUGUUUGCAGGCUUUGUAUUUAAACAACACAUGAAAACUCAUUCACUAAAUGUUUUAAUUACCCUUCCUAGGGGCAAAUUGGAACUUUCUUUCCGUACAAAUUCAAAACUGUCUACUUGAUUGUCAGCAAAGUAAUUCUGUUUAGUAUUUAUUUCAGGCAGGUCACAAGAGCAAACCUUAACUCAUUCAGCAUUUUAAACAUUCAAGUAUAACCCCAAAACAAACCCAACAUCUAGCUGAUUAACCAACAUGCUGAUCCUGGGAGGAGUGGAAAGAGAGGAGAUUUUUCUUCUCAGUAAACAAGUCUCACAAAAACAGUUUCCCAGUAUAACAAAACACACACACCUCCUUUAUCCAUCUAGAUUCAGCCCCACACAAACAGUCUUUGGCCUCCAGUUCAAAGUCAUUAUAGGAAGUGAAACUGUUAUUUAAAACGGGACAAGUCUUCAAAACGCCAUUUUAAAGUAAGCAGUCCUUCACAUGGCAACAGAGGCAGCAUCGUUUUGUAGUUGCAAAGUAACAUCAGCUACCGUGGCUGCUGAUAUGUGCUUGCUGAGGGAGAUUACGUUCUACACCAAACAAAAGCUACCAAAUAACAAAAGGAGGCUGUUGAAGAUACUGGAGACCCCACCCCCAACAUUACAGAAAGAACCAGGACUCUUGGUGCAACCAGGCAAAAUCCAGCAGUAGAGCUAUGAGGUGACUUGACUUUCAGAACUGUCAUAAAUGCUACUGCACACCUUUUCUGCAGAAAGGGAAACCAUAAAUACCAACGAUUUGGUCACAUUAAUCAAAAGUCAGGUUUAUUCAGUCUCACAGCCCAGCAAUAGAUUUUUCUUGUCCGGUUGUCUAAUUCUGUGUUGCCACAUCCAGGAGAUGUGUGGAGAACGCCACUGGGAUUUACUACUGAACCGUCAGAGAUCAUCAGAUGCACCUCUUGUGUUUUCCUGCUGAUCUUCAGUGGAAUCAAAGUGUUCUGAGUGUUAACAUGCAUUUGGACCUUUGUGCUGUAAACUUUUCUGUGUGUGUGUGUGUGUGUGUGUGUGUGUGUGUGUGUGUGUGUGUGUGUGUGUGUGUGUGUGUGUGUGUGUGUGUGUGUGUGUGUGUGUGUGUGUGUGUGUGUGUGUGUGUGUGUGUGUGUGUGUGUGUUCUCUGUCAUGUUUGUGGAUUGGUUGUGACAGUAAAUAAUGGGAGAUUAUUGCUUUUUUCAUGACUGAAAAUUGCAAAUUGUUGUAUAUUUAUUUUCUUUACAGUAGCCACUCCCAGUGCAUGUUAAACCCCUUGAGAUGCAAUAAAUUGGAUGACGGAUUAA